AUGGCCAUCAUCUCGUUCCCAUCUGCCGCCCUGGUCCUGGGCGCCGCCCUUCUCCCUGCGGUGCUCGCCCAGUCGCCAGGGUGCGGCUCCAACCCGACCCUGAACAGCGGCGUCCACAACAUCAACGGGCGUGACUACACCCUCCACAUCCCCCAGAACUACGACAACAACAACCCGCACCGCCUCAUCUUCGGCUUCCACUGGCUGGGCGGCAGCAUGGACGACGUCGUCUACGGCAACAGCAUCCAGCCGUGGUACGGCCUCGAGCCGCGCUCGCAAGGCUCCGCCAUCUUCGUGGCGCCGCAGGGCCGGAACGCCGGCUGGGCGAACGAGGGAGGCCAGGACAUCGACUUUGUCGAAGCCAUCAUCGAGGCCGUCGAGAACGACCUCUGCAUCGACCAGGACGCCCGCUUCGCCACCGGUUUCAGCUUCGGCGGCGCCAUGUCGUACUCCCUGGCCUGCUCCCGCGCCUCGUCGUUCCGCGCCAUCGCCGCCAUCGGUGCCGGCCCCGUCAGCGGCUGCGACGGUGGUAACGACCCCAUGGCCUUUCUCGGCAUCCACGGCGUCUCGGACGACGUCUUCCCCAUCGACAUCGGCAUCGGCCUGGCGCAGACUUUCAUCCAGAACAACGGCUGCCAGUGGGCUGACAUCCCUCAGCCUCCCCCCGGCAGCGGACAGUCUAUUCGCACCGAUUUCCAGGGCUGCUCUCGCCCCGUGUCGUUCAUUGCCUAUGAUGGUGGCCACAACGGUGCUCCUUUCGGCCCGGAGAGCUCUCUUGCCCCUGAUGCCACUUGGGAUUUCUUUGUUUCGGCUUAA